AGUGAAAGACACCAUAAGCUUAACGUCGCGUGCACGUUAGCGCCAAUUUUCUAAAAAGUAAUUUUGAUUUUGCACGUUUCUUUGUAUCGGAAGGACCUUCGAAAUUCAAACUAUGGCGGGUGUACCGCAGAAUGUUCAGUCAAUAGAGGCAGCUCUGCAGGAAGCCAGUGGUCAUGUGGACAUCUUUCUCAAUAAGGAUAAAGGUUUUCCAGCUCUGGAGGACCUCAUAUCUGCUGCCAGGACAGGUCCGGCUACGAUGAGCGGUACAACGGACAAUGAUUUUCCUUCGUUAGCAGCGCCCUCUAUUGGUCUUGCUGAUCUACCACUCCUUGGACCAACAAAGAAGACCCCUCUGCCCCCGGAGCUCGUGGAACAAUUCGGCCAUAUGCAAUGUUACUGUAUGAUGGGUGCUUUUCCAGAGAUUAGCAGAGCAUGGCUGAGUAUCGAUACUGAUAUCUUUGUCUGGAAUUAUCAAGAUGGUGGAGACUUGGCUUACUUUGAUGGACUGAGUGAGACCAUCUUAUAUGCCGGCCUUGUGAGACCUAAGCCUAAUAUCUUCAGGCCUCAUAUCCGCUUCCUCAUGUGUAUCGCAACUACAGUGGAGAUCGUAUUGCUCGGUGUAAGCUUCACACGACCAAGAGAAGACAUUGAUUCAGAUGAUUUUGCUCAGAGUGAGAUGCACCUUAUUCCGGAACCUCUCUUUGCCAUUCCAUCUGACAACUCGCACAUCACCAAUAUCCAUGGCACCAAAGAUGGACGUAUCUUCAUGGCUAGUAAAGAUGGCUGCCUCUACGAGCUUGUCUAUCAGGCACAGGACGGUUGGUUCAGCCGUAAAUGUCGUAAGGUCAACCAUUCAAGUGGCGUCCUUUCCUACCUCAUACCCAGCAUGCUCCAGUUUUCUGACAAAGAUCCAUUGGUUCAGAUUGCUCUGGAUGAGAGCCGUCACAUCCUGUAUACCCGCUCAGAACAAGGCACCCUAUCUGUCUAUGAUAUGGGUUCAGACGGCAAGGAUAUGAAAAGGAUCACAAGCAUCUACUAUAGCAGUAUCCUACGUGAGACCAUCGCUGCGGCAAAGACUAUUGAUAGGUCGCAUUUCAAGCAGCUAGUACACAUAGCAGCAGUCACAAGUCAUGAGUCAUCAUAUAUACAUCUGGUUGGAGUAACUCACUCGGGCAUCAGACUAUAUUUCUCCACCACCCGAGGGCAGUAUGGUGACGUCAGCAAGCAGCGGCCAUCUACCCUGUCCUUGGUGCACGUUAGGCUUCCCCCGGGCUUCACAGCUAACAUGUCUUCAGUCCGACCUAGUAACGUACAUGUAGCCUACUACAGCAAAGGUUGUUUGAUGUUAUGUGCGUCACAGAAUGAAGAUAGCGAUCGUCUUUGGUGUCUAAGCCACGAUGCUAUGCCAUUCCAACAGACGCUCAUGGAAACACAGGUAUCACACCAAGUAGACAGUAGGACCUGGUUUAUCUGCGAGAUUCCGUCUGAGGACCGCAUCACUAGAAGAGAAGUACCCUCCAUCUCACUUUCUCCAUCCAAGUUCAGACCAAUGUCUUCCCCAUCAUCGCCCUCAUCCUCCAUUCCUGAUCCUCCCACUGUGGUGCAGCAGCAUGCCUUGCCAGCUCCCAGAUAUGUCCUCCUAAGCUCACAAGGAAGUAUUAUCAUCUCGAGAUUGAGGCCGGUGGAUCAACUGAGGCAGCUUAUGUUAAACAACAUGGGCCCCAAAUGCCCAGCUGUGGAAAACUUCUUCAAAUUACACAAGGAGGACCAGGCCUGUGCUACUUGUCUGAUCUUGGCCUGUUCCACUGCUUCUAGUGAUCAAACCAUCGCUGAUUGGGCUACCCAAGCCUUCUUCCUACAUGGUGGUGAACCAGGUGGUAUCAUGAUGGACCAGCAGCCUUCCCCAGUGGCCAAUCUCGCUGCCGUCUUCGGAGCCACAACCCCUGUUGUAGGCCAGAGCGGUCACGAUACUACCACCAGACCUUUUGGCAGUCCUGUAGGUGCCACGCCCGGUUCCAUGCACCCCACGGUUUCCUCAACGCCCUUUCACCAAUCCACUCCUGCCAAUCAACCGCCUGCAUCCACUCUACCUCGGUAUGCUCAGCUGUCUGGUAAAUUCCAGGGACUGUGCUUGUACUUCAGCAGAAUCGUCAGGCCCAUGUGGGAUAACCGUCUUGUGAAAGAAAUACCAGUCAUCGGUCACCACCCUGUGAAGAUAUUGAUGUCCUUCAAUGUUGCGAGUCAUGAGUUGAGUUCUGUCCUUGGAGAUAUGAAGGCUUUGAAGAACUUCCUUGAGAAGAACUCCCAAUAUACCAUGAUGGCUGAAAAUUUGGCUAUGAACAUGCCUGCUAGCAAUAGCAUGAUGCGAGGAGAUCCUCUCACAUCCGGUGGUCCAGCAUUGCAGAGAGAACAUCUCAGGUUGAGAGCGGAGGCUUAUGCUAAUGAACGACAGGCUCUGGUGAACCUUCAAAAGUUGGUUAACAUGACGGUUGAGGUACUUGAUAUGCUGAAGCUCCUCUGCUAUCAUCAGUUCCACAUUGUUGCAGCAACACUUUCUCAGAUUGAUCAAGAGGAGUUGAAGAAGAUGACAUUUAGGGAUCUGGUAUUAAGAGGAAAAGAAAUGUGUGGUAGUCUGAUCACAGCGGUCAUCAACCGAUACAUAGGAGACAACAGCACAACGGAUGCCAUUAGUACCAGGCUAAGAGAGGUUUGCCCGUCACUAUACAGCACCAAUGAUGCCAUAUGUACAAAGGCCAACGAGACGUUACAAGCAGCAAAGACAGCUGAAACCAAGUCUGUUGGGGACAGGCUACUCAGAGAAUCAUUAGAGCUUUUCAAGAAAGUGAGCCAGCAGCUCAACUUGUCUGCUGUAUGUGCAGAGUACCAUGAAGCUCAUUAUUAUGAUGGAGUGGUAGACCUGUGUUUGUCAGCGGCCGUCAAGAGGGAUCCUCAUAACUUAGCUCUCAUCUUCUACAAGAAUGGCAAGCAACCUGAAGAUGCUCAAGGAAUGGAAGCAUUCUCAGCUAGAUAUGAGUGCUACAAGUCGAUCACAGACAUCUUAGACCAGUUGCUGACUGCCAGUCAAGCCCAGCCGUCUUCCCCAGGGCUACCCAAUAGACCUGGAGCUCCUCCCAAACCUGAUCCCAACAGACUCUCAACUUCAGAUGCAGAGCAUUAUUUGGACGGUAUGAUGCAUCGAUGCCUUGAUUCUGAUGACGAACUCUUCCAUGUUACCCUUUAUGAUUGGCUCGUUAACAAAGGACUCAAGGAACAGCUGCUUGAGAUAUCAUCACCCUUCGUUGAACCGUACAUCAAACGAGCCGUGCAUUACAAUCCUGAUAGUCUUGAGAUGUUGGAUCUACUGUGGAAAUAUCAUGAGAAAUGUAAGAACUACCCGGCUGCUUCAAGGAUUCUCUGUAAGCUAGCAGAAAGACACAGUACGGAUGUGAAGUUACAGCAUAGGAUAGAGUACCUCUCCCGUGCAGUAAUGUGCAGCAAAAGCAGCAGUCUAAGGACCAGCUCAGCAAGUGAAGGAGAAUUCCUUCAUGAAAUUGAAGAGAAACUUGAGGUGGCCCGUCUUCAAUUACAGGUGUUUGAAGCGAUCUCGCAGUCAUGUGAUCAUACAGACCAACAUGUACAGAGCGCCCUCUCCAUCCUCAAUUCAGAGUUGGUCGAUAUCACAAGACUGUAUGGUGACUUUGCCAGUGAAUUUGGUCUAUCUAAAUGUAAGCUGGCCAUUGUCCACUGUGCUGGUCACUACGAGGAGGAUCUCAUCCAAGACCUGUGGCAAGAAAUUGUUGAUAAAGAAUUGCAUGACAGUGCGGACAAGCUGGGAGCAACACGAAUGACCAUCCUGAGUAAACUACUCAUCAGCCUGGGCAAACUGUACAGCAAUUCAGAGAGAUAUUUCCCAUUGGAUUUCUUGGUUUUGUACCUUGAGAAGAAAAGCUGUGAAUUGGAAUGGAAUGAAUCCUGGGUGUUCAAGGCUAUGCUGGAUGUGGGUGUACCUCUUCCUAAACUACACAGUGUGUAUGACAGACACUUCAGAGCCAAGGAUCCAUUCUGGCAUACGUCUCGUAAUCCUCAGCACAUGUUGCGUGUCAUCGCAUCUCUUCUCUCAACAUUCUCUGAUAAUGCCGCUCUUGUACCAGUUCAUGAUAGGCGUCUGUUCAUCAACUCCACACUGGAUGCCAUCGCAAGCUACAAGGUAGAGCUGGAGGCUACUCCUGGGAGACCUCACGUUAUACAGUCCUACCUUGAUAGCUUCACAGACCUACAGAACCGUCUGGACAGGAUGCAAAUCAACAGACCAAGAUAGAGCACCCUCUUGUGUUUGCCUCACAAACCUGUCAAAGCCUGAUGAGGGUAUUGUGAACAUCCUAAUAUGGUUGAUGAUACAAUCCCUCUAAUUGAACUAUACUUUGGAAAGGACUUGCCCGUUGACUACCAAAAAAUCAGCGGUUCCCGCCGGUUUUCUUUUACUGGACCAACAUUUUGGAAAGAAUUCAAAAGAACUUGGCAAGAUGGACAUGUUCCUAGGUACUUUGAUCAUUUUAGUAAAGAAGCAGACUUCUGCAAAUCAUCCCUUGUAAAGAUUAUGAUGCUAUUGCUUUCGAUGAGGCCUUGGUCAGUAAUGAUGGAAUUCGUCUGAUGGAAUCCGAUUCCAAUGUUUUAUGAGAAAACAAGCAGCAUCACCACAAACAUGAAUUGUAGUGCUGUUGCCUGUAACAAAUUUUAUGUGAGAGUAUCAAGACGUUGGUAUUUUCUUUACGUCAGCUUUCACACAAUAUUGAAAUUCAAUUUCUAACCUUCUCUUGGAGGAUUAGCACUCCUAUGGGGCAUUGCAAGGAACUUGCGAUCAAUUGCAAGUCUAUUUUCGUUCCCGAAAUCAAGCAUAUGCUGUGCAAUUAAUUGCAAAUUUGCGACCAAUCGCUUAUCUGCUCCAAGAAACAAGGAGCGUAAUCUGAUUUGCUAUAGUUAAAAGUGAUCAUUCAAUUGUAAAAUUGCAACAGAAAAUUUGCAAAAGAUUGCAAAUAUUUUCUUGCAACACCCCCCUAGACAUGAUUCAGCACUUCAUUCAAUCUUAUUAUCUACAAUGAAGAAUGCAAACGAAUCUAACAAGAUAUGACAAAGCAAGAUGAAAUAAUGUGCAUGUGGCACUGUAUUUAUUCUGUGACUAGUCUAGUUCAUGAGAGAAGUUAUAAGAAUAUUAGUAAUAUGAUGUAAUAAUAAUUAUUCAACAAAUACUGUCAAGUUUUUCCUCAUCUUGACCAUGGAAAGACUUGGCCAUUUUGAUGAAACCCCUUUUGGCUUAAAAAUUGUAACCUGUCAUAUGUUGGCUAAAAUGGGGGAGGGAAAGGUUAAGUGGGGGGGGGGGGGUUCUUAAGCGCAAAAUCACUUUCAAUGGGUCAUUUCACUGUGCAAUGAGCCAGGUUGUGAGUCGCUAUGUCAGUACAUAAAUUAGUUUUUUGUCAGGCAUACUUCAUUCUUCCUUCCAUAUUUUGUUUAUAAAACACCUCAAGUACAUGUAGACAACCAAAUAUGCAUGUUCAGGGCGGUAUAUGAUAUUAAAAUAUUGCCUCAAUAUAGACUAAGCCGUUUCAGACAAGAAAUUUGUUUUAAAGUGCUGUAAAACUCAGACAUCCCUAUUACCUCUAUCCAACUUGGGAGGGUUCAAAGGAAAAGACUUAUUUUUCAUUCCUCAUUUCCACAUCAAUUUAUCAGUCUAAUGGGGUGUUGCAAGAAACUUGUGAUCAAUUGCAAGUCUAUUUUUGGUCCCUAAUCAAUCAUAUGUCUUGUAGUUAAUUGCAAAUUAGUGAUUGAUUGCUAAUCUGCUCCUUGAAACAAGAAGUUUAAUCUGAUUUGCUACAGCUAACGUUGAUCUAUCAGUUGUAAAAUUGCACAGAAUAUAUUUGCAAAAAUUUUCUUGCAACACCCCCUUAGUUGACAAAAGCUGGUACGGGAACUUUGCUUGAAAGGGGACAAUAAUUAAAUACUCAAAUACGGUGCUUGGCUAAAAUCCGAUCAGAUUUUUAUCAAAAUGUUCUAGAAGGGGUAAAUAAUGCUUAUUUGAUUUUAUGUUCACAAAUGUAAAUUAUGUAAAAGUGCUCAUUUCAUAAGAGAAUUUGUUAUUGUCAGGGGCUGGCAAGUAUGAAUAAAUCUCAAUUACACAUUGGGGAUGAUAUUCAAGGUCGUGCAAGGUUUUGAAUAACUGUACAAGCCUAGAAGAAUUUCAUUAAUUCUUUUGGAGACUUGUAAAAGUAAUUUUAUAAUACGAUGUAAGUUUGUACAUUUUUUUGUAAGAAAAAUGCAUUUGAUAUUAAAGAAGUAAAGAUCUAAGAAAA